AUGCGCCCUUUGCUACGCAGGGCUCGCAAAGUUUUUGGUCACAGUACGAAAGAUGAUGACCAGGCAAGGAGUUCGUCGAUUGAUACCGACUCUGCCCAGGAAGCUUCGGGGAAGAAGGUUCCUAAUCCCACUGAUAAUGUGGUUCCUGUCAAUGAGACCGGAGCGGAGUUACCACAGGAAGGCCUGCAACAUGGUGUUGCUGAUGCCGAGGCCAUGACGCUGACCUGGUCGAGGAAAACUCUUUUCCUGGUCUUUCUGAACAUUUGGUUCUUAUACUUUGUCAAUGCAUUCCAGUCAUCGGUUUACGAUACCAUCAGUCCUUAUGUUGCGAGUUAUUACGAAUAUCAUUCACUGUCUGGCCUCCCGACUGCUAUCGGUGAUGCUUGUUCUGCCGCUGUUUUCAUUCCGGUAGGCAAAAUGCUUGACACUUGGGGUCGAGCUGAGGGUUUCCUGCUCAUGACUAUCUUCUCCACCCUGGGCUUGAUUCUCAUGGCAGCAUGCAAUGGCUUUUCAAUAUACUGCGCUGGCUAUGUUUUCUAUUCUAUGGGCUUCAUGGGUAUGGAGUACUGUGUGGAUGUUCUCACGGCCGAUAUGUCCAAGUUGCAGAAUCGAGCUUUUGCCUACGCUUUCACUUCUUCUCCAUACAUUAUCACGGCAUUUGCGGGACCGACUGUUGGUCAAGAAUUCUAUGCUCUCCCUGGCGAUGGCUGGCGAUGGGGAUUCGGUACCUGGGCGAUCAUCUUCCCAUUAACAGCUGCUCCUCUGUUCUUAACACUGAAGUAUACCCUUCGCAAGGCUCAACGAGAAGGCCAUGCAGUCAGGCAGCGUAGUGAUCGCACAUUCUUUGAGAGCGUGUGGCAUUGGACUCGUGAGUUUGACUUGAUCGGUGUUUUCAUCUUCACCGUUGGUCUUGUCCUCUUCGAACUUCCUUUCGACAUCGCCGAUUACGCCCCUGACGGCUGGGCAUCGGGCUAUAUUAUCGCCAUGCUUGUCGUCGGCUUCUCCAUGCUGUUCUUCUUCGCUAUUUGGGAGAUUUUCGUCGCUCCAGUUCCUUUCCUCGACAUCACAUAUAUCAAGAACCGCACAGUCAUCGGCGCCUGUCUCCUCGAUGCCACAUACCAACUCUCCUACUAUUGCUGGAACUACUACUUCACAUCGUUCCUACAGGUUGUCAACGGCCUGACUCCCCAGCAAUCAGGAUGGAUUAACCAUAUCUUCGAUAUCGUCUCCGGUCUCCUGCUAUUGGCUGUCGGAUUCAUAAUCUCCAAAACCAGCCACUACAAGUGGCUCCUAUAUAUUUGUGUUCCACUCUACAUCCUCGCUCAGGGUCUCAUGAUUUACUUUCGUCAUGCAGGAAUGAGCGUGGGAUACCAAAUCAUGUGCCAGAUCUUCAUUGCCAUUGGUGGUUCGAUCUUCAUUAUUGUCGAGCAACUGGCUAUUCUCGCUGCUGUCGACCAUCAACAUUUCGCUUCAGCCCUUGGAUUACUUAACGUCGUCGGGACAAUUGGUGAUAGUGCCGGUCUUACCAUUAGUACCGUAGUUUGGGAGAACACCUACCCCGUUGCCUUAAAGCGAUACCUGCCCGAGUCGGCAAUGUCAAACUUUGAGAGUAUUUAUAACGACCUGUCUACCCAGCGAGGAUAUCCGCUAGGUAGCGCCACCAGAAUUGCUAUCCAGAAAGCCUAUUCGUAUGCUGAGCUGCGCUUGCUUGCUAUAGGUGUGGGUAUCAUGGUACUCGCUAUCCCUUGGACUAUUAUGAUCCGCGACAUCAACGUCAAGGAGAAGCCACAGGUGAAGGGCACCAUCUUCUAA